AUGCGGGUCUUUGGUCUAAUUGUAUUCUGGCUCAUAGCCCCCAGUUUUCAUAAUGUUGUUGAGGAGAUUUGCACCACGGAGAAAACAUUGGUGAAGAAGAGUGAUAAGAAUUGUCAAAAAAUCGCAGAGGAAUUCGAAAUCACAGAGAAGGAUAUUGAACAAUUGAAUAAUAUUACUUGUAGUGGAACACUGCCAAGAAAGUAAGUUUAUGAAAAAAAUUCCAAAAGCUUUUGGUUUUUUUUUGAGAUUAAGUUCCUUCCGAUUCAAAAAUAGACUUAUUGCUUUUUAGAAUAUGUGUGGAGAAAGAAAACGUAACUCGAGGUUGUGUCGAAACAAAAACCGUUGUGAUUCCAACUGUUUGCGCCGAUUUGUACAAAAGUUUGAAUACAACUGAAGCUGACUUUCUCGCAAAUAAUCCGGGAGCCAAUUGCACAAAUGACAAGUUGACCUUUGAAUUUUGCCAAAAGAUGGAUAUAAUUGGUGCGAAUUUAUAACGUUUAUUUUGAAAAUUUGAAGCUUCUAAUUCAUAAAUGAUUUUUUUAAGAAGACGAAUGCAAAUUAUUGGAGACAAUUGAUAAAUCUAACAGCUGUUCAUCGAUCGCCAAAAAAUAUGCUCUGAAUUUGGCAAUGUUGAAAGAGAAAUACAAUUGUGGUACCAGUCUAUCACCAAAAAGUAAGGAUAUUUGCAUAUCGGAAAUGUGUCAAUAUCGAUAUAAGAUUGAGAAUAACAGAACCUCAUGUAAACAUAUAUCGCAAUUUUUUAAAAUUCCAAUCAGAGAAAUUGAACAAUUCAAUCAUGGUAUCAAAUGUAAAGGCAAUCUUCCUCAAAAUAUUUCAUUAUGUGUUUGGCCUUCAAAAAGCAAAAAAAUUCGAAAACUUCCGGAUAUGACUUGUAUCGAAAAAGUAAAGAGAAGUGAGUUUUUCAAAACGAUAUAAUCUUGAUUUCCGAUUUCCAGAUAGCACCAAAUGGGAUGUUGAUCGUCAAGCUCAUGGGUUUUCAAUGAGUCGAGAUACAUUUAUAUUUUUGAAUCAACUUGAAUCCAAUGCCUCACAUUAUUGCACUAAAACACCGUCAUUAUUGCAAUGUGUAAGGUUUCACAAAGUUAAAAAAGGUGAAACUUGUGAAUCAAUUGCUAGAAGCGAACGAUUGGAUGUGCCCUGGUUAGAACGCCUCAAUCCAACUCUUCGAUGUGAGAAUAUCAAUUUGGCUGAAGAGAUUUGUGUAAUGCAUGGCUACUUUAAACCAACCUGGUGUCUGUCGCAAACAACGCGCUGGAAAACUGAGACAAAUUGUAGCUCGAUUUACAACCGAACAUUAACUGAUGAAAAAAUGAUCGAAGAUUUGAACAAAGGGUUGAAUUGUACUGCACCACACAAUCAAAACAUUGGAGUGUGUGUUCAAUCAUUUGGAAUGGAAACUCGAGAAGCGCACGAAAAAAUGGCCGAACUCAUGAAAAAUGUCUCACUACCUCUACACAAAGCUUAUGUUGCUUAUAUCGAUAACAUGGAGAAUGCGAAGAUUCAGGAGAAAUUGUCACAACAAUUUUUGGAAGUAAUCAAAAAUGAAACGGUUUAUGAGAAACUAAAAGAUUUGAAGGAAAAUAAUGAGGAUUUCAAAAUGGUUAUUGAUAAUUAUGAGCGUAGCAGCUGGGAUUUCUGCAAAGGAGCUGGAAACUACACGUGAGUCUAAACGUUGUUUAUAGAAAAAACAAAACAUUUAACAUUGAUUUUAGGAAAGAGGCGCGGGACUGUUUCUGUAACGGUAAAGAUCUGAUUAUGUAUUGUAAAACGUUGAUGGUUGAUGAUCUGAAGAAAGCUUUCAGUAAUAGUAUGGCAGAUAAUACAUCGCAUAAAAGAGCAAAACGAUCAGCUGGUUGCAGAAUGAGUUUAGAUAAAGAAGGCGACACAGAAGGGCAAAAAUGUGCACAAGCUAAAUGUUCCCUUGCACUUCUCCCACUUCCACUGGAACUUUCUGUUACUGGUGAAUUAUGUUAUCCAGAUCCCGGAAAGUUGAAAGAUUUAGUCGAUUUGAAGAAUCCGUUGAAAACCCUCGAUAAAGUGAUGAACUUUGAUGCGGAAUAUGACAAACUUUUCGAAUUAUUGAUCGAAACCAGUAUUUCCCUAGCAGUGAGCUUGUGUAUUAUGGGAACAAGUUUGCUCGAGAGUGUAGGGCUUAGCCUACCAUGUUGGGAAGCGCUGAAAAUCGAAUACGUUCCAUUGGCACAUCGAUUAACACUAUCCACUGAACUCAAUCUGGGUAUUGUUGAGGCCAAAGCGUCGUUCACUACUAACACGCCAAACUUUUUUGACAUUGAUAAGGCUUGUGUUAAAGACGUGCUCUUCUGCCACGACUAUUGUCAGCAAUAUAAAAAUUAUGGUAGUGCGAGCAUCUAUGCCAAAGUCGCAUGGUUCCCUGGUAUCAGUCUAGUUGAUGAGAAAUGGGAAGAUCCGAUGGCACCGUGUAAACUGAAUGAGCGUCGCAUAUUGGUGAACUAUGUAGAUGCAGAAACCAAUAUUGAUAUUCGACCUUCUGGAAAGGAUAGGAAUGGGCGUCGAACUAUUUUGAAAGACGGUUUGUGCACAAGUCUUAUGUGAAACGCUUCAAUAAAAUAGUGUAGGCCUAGUAACUAGUCUAAAAAUAAUUGAGCCAGCAUCAGAGAGGUUUUAUUCAAAAACUUCUAAAUAUUCAUUAGACUCUUUUGAGAUUGAACAAGAAAUUCUUGUAAGAAUACAUUUUUCUUCAAAUGAAUUGAUAUUUACUUACACAUGUAAUAACCUCAUUUCUUCCACAAUCAGAACACUACGCGAUAUCAGUGAACGCAACCGCAACAGAGAAUACUUAUUUGAACUUUUUCCGUCGGGGAACGAUGAAAAAACUGGGAAGAGUCCCAAUCAGCGGACCGGAAUUUGAUGCUUUGGUGCAGCAUCAAGCCUAUCGAAUGCUCUAUAUUCGAGUAUUGGUGAGCAACAAUCUAAAUAUAGUCGUCGAAAUGAAUAUCGUUCAUUUACAGAGCAAACGAGUCUAUUUCAGUCCAAUUCCACCGAGAAAUGGGCAUUUGGGAAUGGAAGUGCACAACGUCUUACCAUGGUAACUUUUAAAGGUUUUUUUUUAGAUUUCUCCCAAUCGAUCUCUAAUUUUCAGGAUUGAAUAA